GCAGAGGUACUUUUAGGGCAAUACUCGAUAUUGUGCCAUAUGUACACAACUGCACAUAUCUCCCUCGCAAACGAUCAGCCCCACACUCGCAUAUCCCUCGCUCCCUCUCCCUCUCGUUUAUUCAGAAUGGCGGAACCUUCGAAAGUCAUUCAUGUUCGUAAUGUGGGACAUGAAAUUUCAGAAAAUGAUCUGCUUCAGCUUUUCCAGCCAUUUGGAGUCAUAUCCAAGCUUGUAAUGCUCCGUGCAAAAAACCAGGCUCUUCUCCAAAUGCAAGAUAUUCCCUCCGCAAUCAGUGCUUUGCAAUUCUACGCAAAUGUUCAGCCAUCCAUAAGAGGGAGGAAUGUAUAUGUCCAGUUCUCAUCACAUCAGGAACUAACAACAAUGGAGCAAAAUGCCCAAGGUCGAGGAGAUGAGCCGAACCGAAUUCUCUUACUUACAGUCCAUCACAUGCUAUAUCCUAUUACAGUGGAAGUGCUGCAUCAGGUUUUCUCUCCUUAUGGGUUUGUGGAGAAGAUUGUCACCUUUCAGAAGUCGGCUGGGUUUCAAGCUCUUAUCCAGUAUCAAGUACGCCAGAGUGCUGUUGAAGCUAGAACUUCUCUCCAGGGACGCAAUAUUUAUGAUGGUUGCUGUCAGCUGGACAUCCAAUUCUCCAACCUUGAUGAGUUACAAGUAAACUACAAUAAUGACCGGUCAAGGGAUUUCACAAACCCCAAUUUGCCAUCUGAACAGAAAGGAAGAUCCUCUCAUCAGCCUGGUUACAGCGAUGCAGGAGGUAUGUACCCAGCCAAUGGGGCCACAUCAGCUGCAUUUUCUCAGAUGGCGAAUGCUGCUGCAAUAGCAGAUGCUUUUGGAGGAGGUUUGCCCCCGGGAAUAAGUGGGACCAAUGAUAGGUGUACUGUUCUGGUAUCCAAUCUCAAUUCUGAUAGUAUAGAUGAGGACAAACUAUUUAAUCUGUUCUCUCUGUAUGGAAACAUUGUGAGAAUAAAACUUCUUCGAAAUAAACCAGACCAUGCUCUUGUUCAGCUGGGUGAUGGCUUCCAGGCUGAAUUAGCCGUACACUUUCUAAAGGGAGCCAUGCUGUUUGGGAAGCAGUUGGAGGUCAAUUUCUCAAAACAUCCAAAUAUAACUCAAGGAGCUGAUACUCACGAGUACAUGAACUCAAAUCUCAACCGUUUCAACCGCAAUGCUGCGAAAAACUACAGGUACUGCUGCUCUCCAACAAGAAUGAUCCACCUUUCAACUCUACCUCAGGAUAUCACUGAAGAGGAUAUUGUGAGCCACUUGGAGGAACAUGGAACCAUCACCAACUCAAAGCUCUUUGAGAUGAAUGGAAAGAAGCAAGCACUUGUUCAGUUUGAAACUGAGGAGCAAGCCACUGAGGCGCUUGUUUGUAAACAUGCUAGCUCACUUGGCGGGUCAAUAGUCCGAAUUUCUUUCUCUCAAUUGCAGGAAAUAAGAGAGAACUCGUAGGAGAAAGGUAACAAGAUUAUGAAGUUUAAGGAUGGUAUUAGGGUUAAGAAUUCAUAAUUGCAAGGGAUGUUUUUUUGACCCCACUUUUCGUAUUUGUAAUCAUGGUUUGAUCGCGUUCAACUCUAUUUUAUGGUGUUUGAUUGUCUUCGGGUCAUCUUUCUUCCACCGCUGAAUGGUCUGAUGAAUAUUAUUUAGGUUGAUGGACAUUUUUUGUUAUCUUUUUUUAUGCAAAUAUGCUGGCUGUUUAAAAGUAGGACGAGGGUUGUCUCCUUUUUAAGAGGAACUCCUUUGUACCAUUGUUGUAUGUAAUUUAUGCGAGUCAAGACAUUCUGUUGUCACAGUU